AUGGCUUCGCCACGUAGAUCACCAUGGCCUAAACGCCAUUUUCUCGUUGUCUCUCUUUUGGCCAUAACUCAUCGUUCUAAUGCAAGGUCCUUUUGGUCCACAUCUCCCGCAAAUGCAUCAGACAUUAUCCGCUCUGCGUAUCCUCUCGGCAAUGGACGCCUUGGUGCGAUGCCAUAUGGUCCUGCUGGGUCAGAAACAGUCAACUUAAACCUCGAUAGCCUGUGGUCCGGGGGACCAUUUGAAUCUGCAAACUACACCGGCGGCAACCCAAGCUCUGCAGUUGCCCCGGCACUAUCCGACAUUCGCUCCUGGAUCUUUACUAACGGUACAGGCAAUGUGACUGAGCUGCUAGGCAGUGACGGCGAGUUUGGAUCUUAUCGUGUACUUGGAAAUUUGAGCGUCUCCAUCCCCUCCAUCUCCGCCCUGGACAAUGAGACCUCAGUCACUAACUAUACUCGUACUCUCAACCUGUCUAACGGAGUUCACACUACACGCUUCUCGAAAAACGACGUCGAGUUUGAGACGAGCGUGUUUUGCUCUUUUCCAGAUCAAGUUUGUGUGUAUGCCGUGGAAGCAUCGGAUCAGUUGCCAAUGCUGGAAGUCAGGUUAGACAACGAGCUCGUCGAGGCAGGACUGCAGGAUGUCGCUUGUAUCGAUUCCACGGUCAACGGAACGGCGCAUGUUAGGUUGCGAGGAUUGACUCAACUUGGACCUCCCGAGGGAAUGCGGUACGACGCCAUCGCACGCGUUCUGUCCAGCACUAGUGUCCAAACACUGUGCCACAACGGGACUGGUAUACUCAGUGUCAUACCAGGGAAUGGGACAAGGAGUGUGGCAAUUGUAGUCGGCGCUGGGACAAACUAUGAUGCGAAGAAAGGAACAGCGGAAUUCAACUACUCGUUCCGCGGCGAAGAUCCCGGGCCAGCAGUUGAGAAGACAACAAAGGAAGCAGCGUCGAAGACGUUCGCUGAGCUAAAAGACAAUCAUGUUCAGGAUUUCGAGGCACUCACCGGUCGCUUUUCGCUAUCUCUAUCCGACCCAUUGAACUCCGCCGAAACCCCCACAGAAGAGGUCAUAGCACGCUACAGCGCAGACAACCCAUCAGGCGACCCGUACCUUGAGAAUCUGCUCUUCGACUACGCCAACUACAUGUUCAUUUCAAGCUCGCGUCCCGGCUCGCUCCCACCAAAUCUGCAAGGUCGAUGGAGUGAGGGGUUGUGGGCGGCAUGGAGCGGUGACUAUCAUACCAACAUCAACAUACAGAUGAACCACUGGACUGCAGAACAGGCUGGCCUCACAGACCUACAAUCUCCGUUGUGGGACUAUAUGUCCAACACGUGGUUUCCCCGCGGACACGAGACUGCUGAGCUCCUGUAUGGCGCUCCGGGCUGGGUGGUGCACAACGAAAUUAAUAUUUUCGGACACACGGGCAUGAAGAGCGGAGCGUCCUGGGCGAACUAUGCCGCUGCGGCAGCUUGGAUGAUGCAACAUGUCUUCGACCACUGGGACUACACGCGCGAUGCGGAAUGGCUGAGGUCACAAGGCUACCCGAUGUUGCAGGGUGUAGCGGAAUUCUGGCUGAACCAGUUGCAAGAAGACACAUUCUCUGGCGAUGGGACGCUGGUUGUCAACCCAUGCAACAGCCCGGAACAUGGCCCGACGACAUUCGGAUGCGCGCAUUUCCAGCAGCUUGUCCAUCAGGUAUUCGACGCCACACUUUCCAUCGGAGCAAUCGCCGACACGGAGGGUAACAGCACUUUCCUAGCAAACGUAUCAAGCUCACUCGCAAUCCUGGACAAAGGCUUCCACAUCGGCGAAUGGGGCCAGAUCAAAGAGUGGAAGAUUCCCGAUUCCUACGGCUACGAAUUCAUCAACGACACGCAUCGUCAUCUCUCCGAGCUCGUGGGCUGGUACCCGGGAUACUCGCUCUCCUCGUUCAUGGGCGGCUACACCAACGCGACCAUCCAGGACGCAGUUGCGCAGAAACUGUAUAGUCGUGGCGAGGGCAAUGCUGAGGAUGCCAACGCAGGGUGGGCAAAGGUCUGGCGCUCGGCAUGCUGGGCUCGGUUGAACAAUACCGAACGAGCGCAUUUCGAGCUGCGCUACGCUAUCGAUCAGAACUUCGCUGCGAAUGGUUUCUCCAUGUACUCUGGUACUGGCACGCCUUUCCAAAUUGAUGCGAACUUUGGCAUUGGUGGCGCGGUGUUGAGCAUGCUUGUGGUGGACCUUCCGGCGGCAUAUGGAGAUGAGAGUACGCGCACUGUAGUACUGGGUCCUGCUAUUCCGGAGGCGUGGGCAGGUGGCGAGGUGAAGGGAUUGAGGCUGAGAGGGGGUGGGUUUGUGGACUUUGGGUGGGACGAUAAGGGCGUGGUGACGAAGGCGACGCUCGAAGGCAGGACGACACCGCUGCGAGUUGUGAACAGAGACGGGACGGUUCUAUUUGAAGGAUGA